CAUCAGUUAAGUUUCAAUUCAGAAUUUGAAAAGUUAACAAUCAAUAAAAUAAUAAUAAUUUAAAAUGAAAUUCUUUGUUGUUUUUGCAUCAAUCGUUGCCUUCGCCGCAGCCAGUAAACUCGCCCAUGACUACAAAUUCGAAGUCAAGCACGACCAUCAUCACAUUCCAAUCAAGCAUGAAGCAGAAUCAUACGUAGCUGCAGGACAAUACCAAUCUGAUGAUUCAGGCUUAUGGAACGGUGACAUCAAGGGCGACUUAUAUGCCUACCCAAAGUACAAAUUCGAAUAUGGAGUUAAUGAUCCACACACACAUGACCACAAGAGUCAAUGGGAGCAUCGUGAUGGAGAUGUUGUUAAGGGUGAAUACACAUUGGAUGAAGCUGAUGGAACUAAACGUGUUGUCAAGUAUCAUGCUGAUGAUAAGACUGGAUUUACUGCUCAUGUUGAACGUAUUGGACAUGCUCAUCAUGAUAAGGUUCUUGGUGCUGGAUAUUAAGGAUGUUGGGGAUUUGAUUAAUUGCAGACGAUAUUAAGGCUAUGAUGGGAAAUUAUUUAUGGAAUUUAGAUUCGAAUUAUAUUGAAAUUCUAAGUCAUUGUUUGUAGGAAACUUAAGAAAAAUUAAG